AUGCACAACCCUCACACUAUGGCUAAAGCACAGCAUGAAGUACGCGAUGUGUUGGGUGAAAGCCGAUCUGUCAUUACUAAUAGUGAGCUUGGUGAACUCCACUAUAUGCGGAUGAUCAUCAAGGAGGCUCUUAGGUUGCAUCCACCUGGUCCUCUGAUUCCCUGUAUGGCCAGAGAAGACUGUACAGUUAAGGGUUAUGAUAUCCCUAAAGGCACUAAUGUAUAUAUUAAUAUUUUCGCAAUUUCUCGGGAUCCUAGAUAUUGGAUCAAUCCUGAAGAGUUCAUGCCAGAGAGAUUUGAGAACAACAAUGUGAACUACAAAGGGGCUUACUUUCAGUUCAUUCCCUUCAGGGCUGGGAGACGGCAAUGCCCGGGGAUUCAGUUUAGCUCAUCAAUCACUGAGAUGGCAUUAGCAAACCUUUUUUAUCACUUCCAUUAG